AUGUAUGUUGUCAGGAAUCUCACAAGAAAUAUGCGAGGAUUUGGACAUCAUUUGUUCAAUGACAUUGACAAUUUCUACUCCUCUCCAGCUCUCUGCUUCGCAUUGAUGGAUCAUGACAUAGGAGUCUGUGGGACAGUCAGACCAAACCGUGUUGGAUAUCCGAAGAACUUCCAUACCAUUCCACUUGCACGGGGUCAGAAGCCUCUAUUCAAGAGGGCUGAAAAUGUGAUCGCAUGCACAUGGCAGGACAAUAAACGGGUGAACAUGCUCUCAACCAUUCAUUGCUGUGGAGUUACGCCUAUACAAGUGAGGGACAAAAAGGAGGCUACUGGUUUUCGAAAUGUUUCAAAACCUGAUUGUGUCAUACAGCAUAACAAGUAUAUGGGUAGGGUCGAUCUGAUGGACCAGUAUCUCCAAUACUAUGAGUACCCACAUCGCAGCAACAAGUGGUACAUGCCACUGUACCAUAGGAUUCGGGAAACUGCCAUGGUAAAUGGGUAUAUUUUGUAUCAUAAGGUACAUAAUGACAAGAUGACCCAUCUCAAGUUCAGGGAAGACCUAAUUGAGGGUUUGUUGCAAGGCAUCACUCCCUCUAGAAAGCAGCGAGGGCGACCAAGUGAUGCCAACAGAGAUGUCCGCCUGGUGGAACGGCACUUCGGUUGGAUCCCAUUCAAAAACUAUAAGCCAAACUGUACUGUAUGCUCCCUUCCAUCAAUCAAGCGUGUGCAAACCAGCAAUGGCUGCCAGGAGUGCAAGAAGCCAAUGUGCUGGCCAGACUGCUUCAAGGCGUACCACACAGAGCAGCAUUUUCGCAUUGAAGGGAGGAGAAUUCUACAGCGCAAACUUGACGUUCGACACUAG